GAAGUGGCCUGCUUCCUUUUCCGGGGGACGGUGUUAUUCCAGCUACGUCGUAAUUAUCGGCGACGGUGUAUCACUCUUCAGGAUUUAACGAGAAACGGCAGUUUCACAACGGACGGCAGCAUUCAAUAUUCUCCUAAAUCGGGGUCUCUGGAGAGAUGACCAGUAACGGGAACAAGAGAGCCCCAACAACAGCCACUCAGCGACUUAAACAAGAUUACCUCAGAAUAAAGAAAGACCCUGUGCCUUACAUCUGUGCGGAACCUCUCCCCUCUAAUAUCCUUGAAUGGCACUAUCUUGUUCGAGGUCCUGAAAAAACACCAUAUGAGGGAGGUUAUUACCAUGGAAAACUCAUAUUCCCACGGGAAUUCCCAUUCAAGCCUCCUAGUAUCUACAUGAUCACACCAAAUGGACGAUUCAAGUGCAAUACAAGGCUAUGUCUCUCCAUCACAGACUUCCACCCGGACACGUGGAACCCGGCCUGGUCGGUGUCCACCAUCCUCACGGGUCUGCUCAGCUUCAUGGUGGAGAAAGGUCCCACUCUGGGCUCCAUCGAGACCUCUGACUACACAAAAAGACAGCUGUCUGCCCAAAGUCUGACCUUCAAUCUCAAGGACAAAGUCUUCUGUGAACUCUUUCCUGAUGUAGUGGAUGAGAUGAAGCAGAAGCAAAAGGUCCAGGAGGAGCUGAACGCCCGCACCCAGCCCCUCCCCCUGCCCGACGUGGUCCCCGACGGCGACCCCCAGCACGCCCACUAUGGCCACCCCGCCCUCAACGGCGGGCCGGCCCCCCUAGGCGGCGCUAACCCCGCCCCCGGCAUGCAGCAUGCCAAUCGGAACCACGGACUGCUGGGCGGGGCCCUGGCCAACCUGUUUGUGAUCGUGGGCUUCGCGGCCUUCGCCUACACGGUCAAGUACGUGCUGAGGAGCAUAGCCCAGGAGUGAGGGCGGCGGGGGGACUCCGCGCGUCUCAGGCUAGCGUCGAAGCGGGCUAGUGGACUACAAGUGAGAUAGACACACACCAAGGCCAGGUGGGAGGAUCGGCCCAGGCUGACAUGCUGACGGACCCCCCUACCACACCUGCCCCCCUCCGUCCUUCCUUCCUUUAUACCACCUCACCAUGACGACCACUUCCACCAACAACAACAACAACAACGCAGACUUUGGAAGGUCGGGCCUGAAGGUGACCCCCCCCCAGGACGGAGCGAAGGUUCGAAGGGGCAGUAGGACCCGGAGACUGAGAGGAGUUGAUGACAUUUGUGAUCCACUCUUUAGUUUUCAGAAGGCCAUCCCAGCAGCAGGAGAAGGGCUUGGCUCAUGGGUUCAUCAAGGGGUCCAUAUUGUAAUAUUUUGGCUCUGCUUGGGGCUGAUUGUGCAGCACUGUAAUGUUUAUCUUCUUCAUACAUGUGUUGUUUAUUCCAGGAAAUACCAUAACUAGCUGAGUAAAUGUAUCCUACCCUUGUACUUUUUCCUCUAAAAAUAAAAAAUUGGUUAGACCUCAACCUUAAUGUAGAGUAACGCCAUUGUUUGCACUUUUCUUUAAAUCAUUGAUUUUUAAUUGAUUUUUAAAAAAAUGCUGUUCUGUAUCUAAAAUUUCCAAUGGAUAACUAUUUGACAGAUUAUACCGUAUGCUUUAUGACCAUAAUAUACACAGUCUAAUCUAUAAAAAUAAUAAUACCGGACCCGCACUUCAUAAUCUCGAUGAGGUCAUGCUCUACAUUUUGGCUGUAAGUGAGGGUUCUUUCUGUAGCUUUGUAUUUAGGCGAUACAUAAUUGAGGUUACUCUUAUCUUCAUUUAAACAAAAUGUACAUUCAUACGUUCAAUAUAAAACCAAAUGUCUUGCAACUGAUGUGUGUUUGCACACAAUGCAAUGCUGGCCAACUUCAAUACUGCUGUGUUUUAAAAAGGUAAGCUCCUUCACGACCAUAGCAUGUUCUGAAGGAGCCUCGUGUUUUGGGGCAAAUACAACAUACAUCUUAUUCUGGAGACCAAAUGUACAAUAUUCUCCGGAUCAACGACCAUCCAAUCAGUAUGAUAGUCUCGUCUCCACUCGCCUCUCUUGAUCAACCCAUGAGCCACGACAGUCCCUGUCUGUCUGCACAGAUGGUAUUAGAAAGGAAUACCUUUUUAAUUGGCUUAGCUGACCGGUAUAGAGACUUAGCGUCUUAUCUGGGUCGAAAUUAGAAGACACACAAGACCCAACAUGUUCUGGAGUAUGUUCUGUUUAAUCUUUAUUUUAUUUUAAUUUAUAAGACCUAGCUUUAGCUAGUAGUCUUGUUAUUUUCUGAUAACAUGUCCGGUUGUUGCCGUGCCUGAACUGAAUGCGGAACACAGGGACAGACCGGCGCGUAGGCUUGUGUCACUGCUUACGAAUGACUGUUUUUGUGUUGCAUUUAGUACAGAUGGCUUUUACCGAUGGCUUUUACCGUUUAUCAACUACUUUUAAAAGUUAAGAAUUGUACACAAGAAGACUGGCCUUUCUAUAGAAUAAGACACACUGUACGUGUGUGUCUGUUUGUUUUUCUUAAGCAAAUUUCCAUUCUUCAGUUAACUGUGAAAAUGUAAGAUUUCAUAGUGACGAAUAAAUAACCCUGCUCGGCAGGACCCUUA